AUGGUGUCCAUGCUGCCAAAGGACCUCCCGUUCACCGUCUUCGUGCCCUCGGCGGACUCUUUCAGCCGCGUCCUCAGGCUGCAGGGGUCGUCGUCCAACGCCAGCGCUGCCGCCGCCGCUGGAGGGGAAGCGGCGGCCAACGACACCGACGGCAACACCUACGCCAUCCUCUCCCGCGUGCUCGGCUUCUCCGCGGUCCCUCGGCGCCUGCUCGCCGCGGACGUGCCGCCGCCGCCGGGCGGGGCCGGCGCGGUGCGCCUCCUGGACUCCGUGUCCGGGCUGAGGCUCUACGCGUCCAGGGACGCCCGCGGGGCGCUCGUCGUCAACGGCGUGCGGUCGGAGUGCGUCGAUAUUGUUAGGGGCGAGACCGUGGUGCAUGUCAUGGCUGGUGUCCUCAUGGACGCCGAAUUUGAGCGUUCUUUCUCUGCGGAAUUUGACGGUUGA